AUGGUAUCCUUAAAUCCCAUCAGAAUAUUAAAGAAUGAGGCGGAAGAAGAAAAAGGCGAGGUGGCUCGUAUGUCUAGCUUCAUCGGAGCCAUCGCAAUUGGUGAUUUGGUUAAAAGUACUCUAGGUCCUAAAGGGAUGGAUAAAAUCUUGGUUUCAUACGGUAGAAAUGCUGGUAAUAUUGAGGUUACAAAUGAUGGUGCUACUAUUUUAAAGUCUGUGGGCGUUGAUAAUCCAGCUGCUAAAAUUCUGGUAGAUAUGUCCAAAGUACAGGAUGAUGAAGUUGGAGAUGGUACUACAUCAGUAACAGUGCUGGCGGCUGAAUUAUUGCGUGAAGCAGAAAAGUUAGUCGAACAAAAACUGCAUCCACAAACAAUAAUAGCUGGUUGGAGGAUCUCUGUGGAGGCAGCUAAGCAAGCACUAUCUGAUGCUAGUUUUGACCAUCAAAAGAAUCUUAAUGAAGCUGCAUUAAGAGCUGAUUUAGAAAAUAUUGCACGAACAACAUUAAGUUCCAAGAUUCUUUCCAAUCAUAAAGAGCAUUUCACAAAACUAGCAGUAGAUGCUGUGUUAAGACUAAAGGGUUCAGGAAACUUGAAGGCUAUUCAAAUCAUAAAAAUCUCAGGCGGUGUUCUUGAAGAGUCUUUCCUAGAUGAAGGAUUCCUGCUUAAUAAAAAGGUGGGUGUGCAUCAACCAAAAAGAAUUGAAAAUGCCAACAUCCUGAUUGCCAAUACUCCAAUGGACACAGACAAAAUUAAAGUAUUUGGUUCAACCAUCAAAGUGGAUUCAAUGGCGAAAAUUGCUGAACUUGAAGUUGCUGAAAAAGAAAAGAUGAAGGACAAAGUUAACAAAAUCUUGGCACACCAAUGCAAUGUCUUCAUAAACAGGCAAUUGAUUUACAACUACCCUGAACAACUAUUUGCUGAUGCUGGAGUGAUGGCUAUUGAGCACGCUGAUUUUGACGGAAUUGAACGUCUUGGUCUUGUGACUGGUGGUGAAAUUGUAUCCACAUUUGACUCACCUGAAAAAGUUAAAUUGGGACACUGUAAACUUAUCGAACAGGUCUUAAUAGGAGACGAGUGUCUUAUCCGUUUCUCUGGUGUCGAGUUGGGCUCUGCCUGUACCAUUGUAAUCAGAGGUGCCACUCAGCAAGUUAUAGAUGAAGCUGAGAGAUCUCUACACGAUGCCCUGUGCGUUCUUGCUGCGACUGUACGUGAGCCGAAAGUUAUUUAUGGAGGAGGUGCCAGUGAAAUGCUGAUGGCGGAGGCGGUCUCCCGAGCGGCGACUCGCAUUGCUGGUAAGGAGGCCGCAGCAGCUGAGGCGUUUGCCAUCGCUCUAAGAAGGCUACCUGCCGCAGUCGCUGAUAAUGCUGGUUACGAUAGCGCAGAUCUUAUCGCCAGAUUGAGGGCACAACACGCCCAGGGAGAAGCUACGAUGGGCUUAGACAUGGAAAACGGUUGCGUUGGUGACAUGAAGAAGCUCGGCAUUACCGAAUCGUACGUAGUGAAGCGGCAAGUGCUGUUGUCUGCAGCAGAAGCCGCAGAAGUGAUUCUUCGUGUUGACAACAUACUGAAGGCGGCUCCUCGUCGUCGUGGCCCUGACCGUCGUCCCUGCUAA